AAGAAUUUUGUUGACAUCAGGCCUUAGUUUGAAUGAGAGGAAGAAUAAGAGAUUUUGAAAGCCUUAAAAUUGAAGUUCAAUUCUUCAUGCAUCAACUGAAUCAAACACAAACAAGACACACAUAACAGCACUUGAGAAAGUUUUUCCAAAACGCCUUUUCGAAUCUGUUAAAAUGUAUAUGCUCCUAAUUUUUCCUAAACUCACAUUCCGCUGCCACUGCCUAACGUCGCCGCCGGAAUCCUCUGGCUUCCUCCACCACUUUCUCAAGGUUAGAAGUGCGUGCGGCCACUUCGACAAUCCCUCAUUUUCGGAGGGAGGCAAACUCAAAGGCAUCAGGACCGAUGAUCUUGAUGUUAAUCAUCCAACGGCUCGAGAUGUCGGCGGAAUUUCCAUCAAUGAUGCGAGGAAGAUUCGAGAGUGGCAGAUGGAGAAGGUGAAAGCGAAGUUGAGAGACAUUCCUCACACUUCAAUUUAUUACUCUCACUGUUUUCAAAUCUGUCUUCAGCACUGCGAUCACAAUCAAGAUCAAGCCACGGAGUUUGCCGAGACACUGAAUCACUCUGGAGAUGUCAUUGUUUUCGGUGACGUCGUUUUUUACGCCCAGAACAGGUAGCUAAAACAAUGGAGAGGUUAAUAUCGGAGUCAAUAGCCAAUCCAAAUGACCCUGGAAGGAAGGAGUUAGAGAUGAUGGAAAGGCAAAAGUCAAUGAUUGAUGAAAAGGCAAAGGCCCAGGUGCGAUGCGAGCUUUACUGUGGGCUGGGCUUCUUAACCGCUCAAACAAUUGGGCUGAUGAGGCUUACUUUCUGGAAUGGUACUCCUUCCACCACCAUACAGUACUUCCUCCACCUUUUCAUUUCUCUUUUAUCCUUCUCUAAUAUUUAAUUUUUUGUAGUUAAAUUUUUUAACUUUCACCAACAUAAUUGAUACUCUGAAACGGAUGCCAGUAUCCGUUCUAUUCUUAAACGCACAUCAACGUCAAUUAA